AUGAGUGAGUGCCUAUGUUUACUUUUUCACUUCCAUACAACGACUAUGUUUAUCCGUGUCUACUUUGUGGCCACCUGGAAGCGCAGCCGUUGGAAACGGAAAGAAAGAUUCCGACUUUUCACGACACAGUUGCAGGCUUCGGAGCCCCGUGUCGGUUACUUGAUUUCCAACAACAUUUCCAUCGCUCAACAGUUCAAAAUGGGCAAUCUCGAAGAAGCCCGCCACCUGUUCGAUCAGAUGCCGCAUCGAACAGUUUCGUCGUGGAACACCAUGAUUUCUGGCUACUCCCAGUGGGGGAGGUACCCUGAGGCUUUGACCCUUGUUUACCUCAUGCACCGCUCCCAUGUCACGCUCAAUGAGGUUUCUUUCUCUGCGGUGUUGAGCGUGUGUGCGCGUUCUGGGUCCUUGCUUCUUGGAAAACAGAUGCAUUCCUUGCUUUUGAAAUCCGGUUAUGAGAGGUUUGGCCUUGUAGGGAGUGCUUUGCUUUAUUUUUGUCUGCACUGCUGUGGAAUCAGGGAAUCUGAGGUGGUUUUCGAGGAGCUGCGUGAUGGGAACCAAGUGUUGUGGAGUUUGAUGCUUGCGGGUUAUGUGCAGCGUGACAUGAUGGAUGAUGCUAUGAACAUGUUUGAUAAAAUGCCGGCUCGGGAUGUUGUGGCUUGGACUACAUUGAUCUCAGGGUAUGCUAAGAGGGAAGGUGGGUGUGAGAGGGCUUUGGAUUUGUUUAGGUGUAUGAGGAGUUCUGCGGUGGUGCCUAAUGAGUUCACUUUAGAUUGUGUUGUGAGGGUUUGUGCCAGACUUGGGGUUCUAUGUGUAGGGAAGGUUGUUCAUGGGCUUUGCAUUAAGGGUGGGUUUGAUUUUGAUAACUCAAUUGGUGGAGCGCUUACUGAGUUUUAUUGUGAUUGUGAAGCUAUUGACGAUGCCAAGAGAGUUUAUGAGAGCAUGGGGGGAGAAGCUUGUUUGAAUGUUGCUAACUCACUGAUUGGAGGCCUUAUCUCAAAAGGAAGGAUUCAAGAAGCUGAAUUUGUCUUUUAUGAAUUGAGAGAUACAAAUCCUGUUUCAUUUAAUUUGAUGAUUAAAGGUUAUGCUAUGAGUGGUCAGUUCUUAAAAUCAAAAAGGUUAUUUGAGAAAAUGAGUCCCAAGAAUUUAACAUCUUUAAAUACUAUGAUUUCUGUGUAUUCCAAAAAUGGUGAACUUGAUGAAGCUGUGAAACUUUUUGAGAAAACUAAAGGUGAAAGAAACUAUGUAACAUGGAACUCAAUGAUGUCGGGUUAUAUUAUCAAUGGUCAGCACAAGAAUGCAUUGAAUUUAUAUGUGGCUAUGCGCAGAUUAUCAAUUGACUAUAGCAGAUCAACAUUCUCUGUCCUAUUCCGGGCUUGCUCGUGUCUUUGUUCUUUUCGACAAGGACAGUUGCUUCAUGCUCACUUAAUCAAAACGCCAUUCCAAGUAAAUGUUUUUGUUGGGACUGCUCUUGUAGACUUCUAUUCCAAAUGUGGUCACUUGGCUGAUGCUCAAAGUUCAUUCAUCAGCAUUUUUUCACCCAAUGUAGCAGCAUGGACAGCUCUUAUAAAUGGUUAUGCAUAUCAUGGACUGGGAUCUGAGGCAGUUUUACUCUUUCGCUCAAUGUUACAUCAAGGAGUUGUUCCAAAUGCAGCUACUUUUGUUGGUGUUCUCUCUGCUUGUAACCAUGCCGGUCUAGUUGGUGAAGGUUUGAGAAUUUUCCACUCAAUGCAAAGAUACUAUGGGGUAACCCCGACAAUAGAACAUUACACAUGUGUGGUGGAUCUCCUGGGUCGGUCAGGCCACAUAAAAGAAGCUGAAGAGGUUAUCAUAAAAAUGCCUAUUGAAGCAGAUGCGAUAAUUUGGGGAGCUUUGCUUAAUGCGUCUUGGUUCUGGAAGGAUAUGGAAGUUGGGGAGAGAGCUGCUGAGAAGUUGUUCAGUUUGGAUCCCAACCCAAUUUUUGCUUUGGUUGUUCUGUCCAACAUGUAUGCCAUACUAGGUAGAUGGGGACAGAAGAUAAAACUUAGGAAAAGAUUGCAGAGUUUGGAAUUAAGAAAAGAUCCAGGGUGCAGCUGGAUAGAAUUGAACAACAAUAUUCAUCUGUUCUCCGUAGAAGAUAAAACUCAUCCUUAUUCUGAUGUUAUUUAUGCAACUGUAGAGCAUAUAACAGCUACUAUUAACUCUAUUAUACCCUUCAAUUAUCUUCAUAGCAGCAAUACUGGAUAA